AGGAAGUUAUGAUAACAAUGGACUAGCUUACCAGUUAUACGGACCUCACGAGUGACAGUGAUUUUAAAGUGAUAAGUGGAAAAAGAUAUAUUGUAAGCGGGCUUAAGAACGGCAAAAAAUGGCAGGAAACACAGUGAAGAUGUCAGACUCAACUUUUCACAACUGGAUAAAAACUGGGCUUGCACUUCUAUAUACUAAAGAAGGCAUACAGAAUGAUGUUGUUCAAGAAAUAACCACUUUUCACCAACAGACAUAUAAUGAUAUCAUAAACAACAAUGGACUACCGGCAGGCACAAAGUGUACCUCUUGUACAACAAAAAGCAUAGUAAUAUGUAAUCCGUCUAACAGACUUUGUAAAAAAAUUGGAUCGAAAUGUCAAACCAAGCAUAUGCCGUGUCCUAACAGUGUUUGUGACGACUUUAGAGAUAGAAUUGUAAGAGCUCACAGAUUUUCCGAUCCGUCUUUCAAGAACAGUGAUGCUCAAAAAUGGUGUGUUGAUUUCUUCGAAGUUAUGAAAUGUUUCAUGCCACCAGAUGGAUAUGACAGCAAAUCUACGACAGAGGAGGUUGAUUUCAAUGGAAUCAUCAGUGUAGUAAUAACCUUCAAAAACUUCCAAAACAAGACUGCAGAAAAGCUUCAUGAUAAAAAUAACAAAUUCCUUAAGGCCAGGGAAAUCGGAAGAGUAUUUCGACAUACAUCCAGCUUUGACAUAACUGACGGAGAUUUCAACAGUUACAUAGACACAUUAUCUGAUGUUCUAAAAGACCCAAAGUAUUUUGCUACAUUAAAAGAGACGCAGGAGGCAGUUGAUAAACUGGAACAGCUUAGAUCAGACAGUUUGACAAUAGUGAAAAAGGACGCAUACAAAUUACUUGAAGAGGCAAUAGAUUCAAUUAAGGAACACACUGAUCGAUUCAAAGAAUGUCUAAGAGAGGAGACGGCCAGUUCGCUUACAUCAAUUGAAACAGCAAGAAUUGAGGCAGAAACAAGUUUGAGUGAAAAGGCAGAUGAUAUUGUACAAAUAAUAAACGAAGCCUACUCUAAAGUUAUCCAAGAAAAAGAAGAAUUACAAAACAGAAAAGCAGAAAGCGAUGUUUCAACUGCAGGGCGCAGUGAUCAUGAAGAUCAUCUUGAUGAAGACAAAAGUAUCAUAUUAGAUAAUGAUAUAAAGAUAGAAAAUGACGAAACAGCUAUGCAACAAGAAGAAAAAAAAACUGAAACAAAAACUCCAUUGAAAAAUCUCUAUAAAGGGUACAAUGCCGAACACAAAACAGACAGCCUGGAAUCACUCGCUUUACUGCAUGGACAUUCAGAUGAAGUAAUAAUUGUUGACAAUGAAUCCGUACUAUUUCAAAAACGAGUAAAUGCAAAUAUCAAACAUGAUUAUUCCAGACACAGAAUGGUCUUAAUGGGACAAAAUGAGAGACUCAAACAACAAAGGAAGGUUCUUCAGCGAAGACUUAUUGAGACCUACGAAGAAAACUAUUCAAAAUUACAAGUAUCACCCUUAUUGGAAGAAGAAGAUGCGCCAUUGCUAGACUUGUAUGUCUCCCCUAUGAUGAAAAUACUUGAACAUCACAGAGUACAAAGCAAAGAGAUUGAAGUACUUUCAUACCACGAUGUAUUUUUCAAGUUCAAUAAAGAAUGCAAAAAUAUAUAUGUUACUGGAGAUGCAGGUAUCGGAAAAACUGCGUUUUGUCAGCGGAUGGUGCUAGCCUGGUGUGUUGCCCAUUCUCAAUCCAAACCUCAUACUGCGUUAUGUUCCUGCUUUUCUAAAGGAAAUCUACAGGAAAAAGAUUCUUUUUUCUCUAACACGGAUUUAGUGGUUUUAAAAUCGUUUGACUUUUUGUUUUACGUUUCUCUUCGCGAGACGAAUUUAUGUCACAUAGAAGAUAUCAUCAUUCAGCAAGUCAGCUGUAUUAGUAACAAAACUUUUCUCGUAAACAUACUUGAUACAAAAAAAUGUCUUAUAGUUAUAGAUGGUUUAGAUGAGUGGAAUCACUCUCUGGUGCAAGCAUCCUGUCCGCCGGGUCAAAAAGUACCACAAAGGCAGACUUACAAAAAAUGUACAUUUCUAACUACAUCAAGAACGUCUAAACUUGAUAUCAUUCGGCUGAGAACCAGUGAAAUUGACCAUCAGGUUGCAAUAAAAGGUAUUGGUAAAAAUGAUCAUGAAAAACUCGUUAAUGCCGUUGUGAAGCAUUUGAAUUGCAUGUACAACACAAGAAGAGAUCCAAAAGAGAUUAUUAAUUUUUUAGGAAAGAAUGAUCUUGAAGAUUUAUCUGAAAUUCCUAUUGUUGUUACGCAGCUGAUCUGCCAAUGGUGUGAGGAAGUGUCAUCGAAUACAUGUAAAUCAGUUGUGUAUGGUAAAACAGUUAAAAUGUUGUUCAUCAGAAGCAAAACAUUAAACAGUCAACAAAAAGAAAUGCUCUCUGUUGAAACAACUACGUUUCCAGAUGAGUGGAAAAAAGUACCACUUUUACAACAUUUAGCAGAGUUUGCGUAUUCGACAUUAUUUUCUGAUGAUGUGAAUACAUCGGGUCUAGUGUUUGGUUAUGAGCAAUUGGAGCAAAAUCUGCAUGGUUUAACCAGUGAGGACAUGGAAAUGCUGUGUAAUGUAGGCAUUGUCUCAAGGAAUAAAGUGCCCGCAACGUUAUCACAACGAAAGAUCAAACUUCACUUUUUACACAGUAGUUUCCAUGAAUUCAUGUCUGCUGUUCAUAUUGCAAUGAAUUAUCGUGAAUCAACUGGUUUACCUGCCACGGUAACAAACUACUUUUCAAAGGUAUCAGACUUUCUCGAGCUAUCAAAUGUUCUUGUUUUCCUAGCAAGUCUUUGUCCUAAAGGGUUACAAACUCUAAAUAAACAACUUUUGGAUAUACUUAGUAAGGACGAACGGUUUGUUGAAUAUAGGCAGUUGCAUUUCCAUGGAUUCAUGUCAUACAAAACUAAUAUCAGGUAUAAUAGGUACAGAGAAUGCAAUUCAAAUUUAAAAGCCCUUCAGACUCUUUGGUUAACAUGUUCAAGAGAAAGUGAUCGAGCUGGUUACGACAGUACUACAUAUCAGCUGACAGAUCUCUAUAUUGACGACGAAACUCAAAAAACUGAUGUCGAAAAACUCAUUCAGGCCAGUACAGAUACACUUUUGUCUGUUUCAACAUGCUGUGGCAUCAAUGGUCCUUCCUCUGUUGACAGUCUUGCUAAGCUGCACAUAAAACAAGAAGAAGCUGUCAGCCUUCUUCCCCGGUACACUCAUUUAAAAUGUCUGGUUUUAAGUGAUUGCAAAUUGGAAGAAUUCUCACUAAAUAAUCUAACACAACUCCGGUCAUUGCAUUUAUUCACUGUCAUGCUGCAACAUGAUGAUCUCAGCAGUAUAUAUGAACAACUUGCAGUUAAAGCAGUUAAAACAGAUCUGAUACAAAUUUCUUUAGUUCGUGUAAAAUGUAAUAAACAUGGCUUUAAAGGUUGCAGUUUGGGAACUAAAACGGAACAUAGAUCUGAACGACAUACAAAACUAGUAACGCUUGACCUGAGGCGUGUGCCUUUUAUUAUUGCGAAUCUGGAUACUAGCCAGCUUGAAUCAUGCAAUAUUGAAACAGACGUAGAUAUUCCAACAAAACUAACCAGUUGUCUUGAAGGUGCUCUGAAGUUACAGUAUUUAACAUUUGACUUAAGCAAUAGUGAUUUGGAUGCCAAUAGAUCUCUAACAUUUGGUGAAGCUUUGUUAAAUGUAUUGCCGAAACUCGUGGAUUUAAAAUACCUAAAAUUAGUUAAUGUGGACACUGGAGAUAAUGAAUUUAAAUUGUGUCCUAGAAUAAGGGCUUUGGAACAAGUAAAGCUAUGGUUGGUUACACUUACGUUACAAUCACUGCGAAAUUUUAUAGACACAUUGCUGAGAAGUAACGUCAUGAAUGUGGAACUGCUCUCAUGCAAAAUAAACCUCAAGAGAGGAUCGUGUGGGAAAAGUGAAAUACAAGAAAUUGUAGGAAAAGUCAGAGCAGAUAUGAGAUUUAUGGUAACAAAGUGUAGCAAACAGAAUGACCAAUUAUUAACAUUAGAAUUCGGAUCUGUGAAAAACGAGUAUUCGACAAAUCUGUAGACAUUUUCCUUUCCGAUGGAAAAAAGAAUGGGUGUUUAUUCAGUUAAUAAUUAAGGGAGAUAACUUGAUGACUGAUAAUUUAGAUGAAAUAAUAGAAACCAAGCUAAUAACACCUCGGGCUUGUGGUGUAUUUAUUAAAUCCUAUUCAUGCUGAGUUUCAUUCACCAAAGAGCAUAAAACUGCCAGAGCUUUACUGUACUUGGCUGAUUUGGUAUAACUUGUGUUGAUAUUUGAACAUUUUGUUCAAUGUAACAUUCAUAUCGUUAUUAUUUGAUACUGUAGUCUUUGGUGGAUUGUAAUCAUGUGUUUUGAAAAGUUAUGUUUUUAUGAGAGUUUAUGUUUAGAAUUCCACCGGUAACCUUUUUUUCUAGUCAGUUAGAACACUAUUAUACAUUUAAUUCAAUCUAACUUUCUAAUAAACAUAUUUUCUUGCAAAGACACAUAAAGUCAUAAUUUUAGAUUGUAAAGGCUUCCGUAAGCCUUUCCAGUACAAGUUUGGUAGAAAAUUAUGUAUACAUCCAAUUCUUAAAUGGUAAAAUGUGGUCAUGAUGUAAUCGGCGAGGGGCAUGCGACUUUACCCUAUCGUGAAAUAAGCACCCUCCUUUAACCCCAAUCAAAUCAAUAUCGGUCCGUUAUUAGCUAGAUAUUGGUCUUCUAGUUAGAGCAGGCCAAGUUUCUUUCCCACGAUCAAUUUUUGUUACUUCCGAAGCUUUUGAAAUGCUCAGUAUCGCUUCUUCCUGACACCACUGCAUGGUUUAACUUAUCCAUCGUUUUCAUCGUAAACGUCGUAUAUACAGCGGAUACGCUUAGUUUAUGGUUUAUUGUAAGUUUCAUUACAGCUGUUCCUGAUGGUUUUGUUAAUACCCUGCAUAACGAAGUAAAAAAUCUGCUUAUUUUUAUUCAACUUAACUGACAUGUGGAGGUUGUUUAGAACUAGAACGUUUACUGUCAACUUCACUUUCGGUCACCUAAAACCAUUCCAUUGAUUUCACCUGUUUAAUGUUAGAGUAGUGUAACAAGUUACUGCAUGGCAUAGUUUGAUGAUGCAGGGGCACAAUAUGCCAAAAUUAGUGAUAUACGCCAUCUAAAACUACGAAUAUGAAGGUGUGCGUUCUCUUUAGCUAUUCAGUCAGUAGUUACUGAAUUCUUCAAUUUGAGGGCCAUUUUAAUUUAAUAUUUUCGACUCCAUUAUACAUGUUUGGUAACCAUAUAGUUUACGAUCAGUCAUAUAUCAGUCAUUCCUUGAGGAAACCUGUAUAAGUGACAGUACUGGGAAAUCAUAGUUUUUCUUGUGUUCAAGCAGAAAUUAGAAACGAGACAGUGUUAUUUAGUUAUCUAAGCAAAAUCAUCCGAAAUAAUAGAACCACACAUGCACCAUAAGAAAACAGAGGUUUAUAGAUAACAGGCCAAUU